ACGUUGAAGGUGUUUUAAUGCUAAAUCGGAUAAUAAUAUAUAAAGGUAGGGGUUUUUUUUACACUAAACGUAUCUUUACAAAUUCGUAACUUUUUCAUGAUUCAAAGACUUGAAUGUUUGUUUAUCAUUUUAACAAGAUAACUUGAAGCAACGCCUUUCAGAUUUAUGAAAACACAUGACACGACAUGUUUUCGUUAAUUUAAAAUAGAACAUUUUUCAAAAUUGAAUAUAAAUGAUGAUUUAAAUACGUUUUCGGUUGACAUUUCCUUAUUGAUUUAUCAAAAUAUUGAUUAAAACUACAUACGAUAUGAAAUGUUAAAUCAACAUGUUUAAAGUAUGCACCGGGUAGCUAUGUCAUGUUUAAAACUCUACAAACUAAAGAUAACACAGUAUUAAUACUUAGUGAUACUAAAUUCUUUUCUGGAUUUUGCCAUUUAUUACAUGUGCAGAAAACUUUGCAACAUAUUUAACUCUGUCUUCAGCAAUUAUGCACAUUCAAGACUUUCAUGGAGGUUCCUGGUAAACAAGACGAAGAAGCUUCAAGAGCUGAUGACACAACAUUAAUAUGUCUCUCUUGUGAUAUUGAUGGUUUAAAGGAACCAGCCUAUGGCUUCUGUCAGGACUGCCAGGAGCACCUAUGUGAAACAUGCUAUAAACAUCACAGACGUGCACGUCCAUUUAAAAACCAUGAACUCAUUGACAAAGAAUCCAUGCCAAAUAUCCGGGUAAUUUCAUCGGACGAUACCGCAGAUCUUUGCGCCAACCACCAAGAUAAGCCAUUAGAAUUCUAUUGCAGAGACCACAAAUUGGUGGCUUGUUAUGUGUGUGUUACAUUGGAACACAAACAGUGUAAAGUGGACUAUAUUCCUGAUGUUUCUGGAAGCCUGUCUGAUGAGUUUAAUGAUCUAUUAAAACAAAUGGAAUCUUUAAUAACAAAAUGUCAAUCAAACAUAGAAAAUAUUAGCAAAGCUGCCCAAAGUCUAGACCAGAGAUAUGCAAAAUUUGUUAAAGAUAUAAGUGCCUUUAGGAAAAAAUUGAAUGAGUGUCUGGAUCGAAUGGAAACCGAAAUAAUUAAUAAAGCCGAAUCGUUUGUAAAGAAUGCAAAAAUUAAACAAAAAACCAUAAAAUCUGCUUGCUUAGAUGUAACUGAAGAACUUGAAUAUUCACAUUCGGUUGUAAGUAAAUUAAGAGAAGAUGCCAAGCACAACAAGCUUUUUAUUGCGAUGAAAAAUGUCGCAAAACGUCUGCCUUUACUGGAAGAUAAAGAAAAUUAGUAUUAGAUGAAAAUACAAUAGAUGAUUGUAUCAAAUUAACCCGGAACACAGAUCUGAUUAAUCAAUUUGAAUCUGAGAAUGUGUAUGGAAUAUUGUUUACAGGUGUACAACCUUCUCCAGAUAGAACAAUAAAUAUACAAUAUACGGAUACGAUUAACAUGAAGACCAAAUCCGAAGAGAAACAAUGUAACAUCAUGGGUAUGGUUAUGAUUGCUCCUACAAGAAUGAUCGUUGCUGACAAUACAAACUUCAAAAUCAAACUAAUUGACAAUGAGAAAUGUGUAGUCGUGACGGAGAAUAAGAUGUCCUCACAACCGGUUGAUGUUAUAAUUCUUCCAGAAAAUAAGCUUGCUGUGACAUUGGAAAGUGAAAAGUGUAUUCAGAUAAUGUCUUAUACUGAUGUAGAUCUUUCAUCAGAUCGACGUAUAGAUGUUAAAGAACUUUGCAACGGGAUAGCUUAUUGUCAUUAUAAGUUUGUUGUCACUUGCUGGUCAUCUAAAAAAAUAAUCAUUAUCAAUCUUGAAGGAUGUAUUCUCAAAGUUUUACGUUCUCCUGCUAUGUUUAAUGGGCCUAGCAGAGUUUUGAUCAGCAAGGAUGAGAAGUUUCUAUAUGUAACAGACAGAGAUUUGAGGUCUAACAGCAGUGUUAUGAAAAUUGAUUUGGAAGGAAAUCUUAUUAGCGUUUUUAAAGAGUCAGGAUAUGCUGUUCCUUAUGGUCUGCAACAAUUAGAAGACGAGACGAUACUUGUGUGUUUUCAAGACAGAGGAACUGUCCUGAGACUAACAAGCAGCUUAAAGAGAUGUGACAUUAUUGGACCAGAGAAGGAAAAUAUGUAUCGCCCAAAAGCUAUAACAUACUGUCACAUAUAUCACAAACUUUAUGUAAGUUGUUCAUCAGAGAAAGGGAAACAAAACGCUGAUAUUGUGAAAAUAUUCAAUGUUAAGUGGAUCUGAACUUUACAAGGGAAUAUUACGUCAUCAAAUCACAAUAUAUCUUAAUUAUGGCAAGGAAUUUCAAUUAUUAAUUGCUUUUUGGAAAAAAGAGUUACUAGUAUAUUAUCUUUCCCAUAACAUCUUGGAACCCUAAAAUUACACUGAUUCAUCCAAAUUUAAUAAGAACGAAUGUCUCUAACAGGUACAAAAGUUUCUUUCAUAUAUGAAGGGCCUAGAUAUUGGCAAUUUUAAAAAUAUGAUUUACACGUAAUUGCUUAUUUCUGUUUUGCAACAUUUAAUAAAAACAUAUUAGCUAGUAUAACAUUAUUGACACUAUAUUUAGGUCCCAUGCCUUGUAUAAUUCUAACAGUU